AUGGCUUGGAUAAUUAGUCAUUUGCUGUUGUUUCUGAACAUUGUUGUUGCAAAUGUACUGCUGGCACAAAAUAUCAACAGUUUUCAAAACAGUAAUGUUGGAAUCAGUUGUAUCGAUGGAGUAUGCUUCAGCAAUACUGGAAAAGGGUUUUACUACGGCAACAACAAUGCAGACAACUGCAACGUUAUUAUGGCCGAUUAUCGAGUCAAAGUGGAUCAGUGGCGAAUCAACUUGCAUGAAAGUAUCUUUCGGAACAACAAAAUCUACAAAAAUGGUCAAUAUCUGCGUGACAUGAAUGCUAAUGAUUUUGCGAAGAUGGCCGAUUAUCGAGUCAAAGUGGAUCAGUGGCGAAUCAACUUGCAUGAAAGCAUCUUUCGGAAUUUCCCAUGGAGUGAUACGAACCCGGAACGUGUCAAUUUUCCAUGGAAUCCGUUUGGUGCCGGAUCACCUUAUGCAGGAUUACAACAAGCUAUUAAUCAAAAUGCUGCAAAAAGAGUGGCUGCUGCAUUAGCUGCAGUUCGAGGCCCACGACAGGUGCGCCAGCGACGUGCGUAUUUGCCCUUCCCUCAAGUGCCUAAUUUAUGUGCUUCAUAA